AUGCUGGUCGUCCCAACGCCCAUCCAGACUCUCCUGCCUCCAAGCAACGGCAUCAUCUCCAAGCUGGUCAGCGUGUUGGAUGCUAGCUCCCCGACUGCUCGGUAUCUAUCUUUCGCGGUCAGCUACGAGACCGAUCUAGAUGUGUACAACAACACCUACAGCUCUUUCAUCAGUCGCCAGCACUUCACCUCCCCAACCAAGGGCACUUUACAAUACGCCAUCCAGGCCAUCACCAAAGCUGCCGUGCAAGCCGGUGAGAAACGCGGUGGUAACUGGCUGGGCAUGAAGGCCGUCAGCACCAACUGGUGGCACGUGGUAGCCUCCUGGUUUGAUGAGAGCGAUGACAAGGCGGCUCUUGCUGCGGCAAAUGGCAUGGCGACGAAUAUGACCGACUUGGCCACUGGCACUGGCAAGUAUCUCGACUUCCAGUUCCAGAACGAUGCAGAUAUCUCGCAAAGUCAGCUCAAGAGUUACGGAGAGGACAACUUCCAGCGGUUUGCGGCUGUUGCUGCCAGCUAUGAUCCUCAGCAAGUGUUCCAGAAGCUGCAGAACUCGGGAUUUAAGAUAUCUACUGCUUAA